AUGGACCAGUGCACAAGAUGUGCAGAUCAUCAGUACGCCAACGCUGAGAGAAGCCGCUGCCUGCUGAAAGCUGAGAGCUUCCUGGCUUAUGAAGACCCCUUGGGCACGGCUCUGGCCUGCACCGCUCUUUGCUGCUCUGCACUUACAGCUGCUGUUCUAGGGAUGUUUGUCAAGCACCAAGACACCCCCAUUGUCAAGGCCAAUAACUGAGCCCUCAGCUACCUCCUGCUCAUCUCCCUCACCUGCUGCUUCCUCUGCUCCUUGCUCUUCCUGGGCCAUCCCCACACAGCCACCUGCAUCCUGCAGCACAGCACAUUCGCAGUGGUCUUCACCGUGGCUGUGUCCACAGUCCUGGCCAAGACCCUCACUGUGGUUCUGGCCUUCACGCUCACGGCUCCGGGCAGAAGCACCCGGCAGUGGCUGGUGUCCCGGGCUCUGAACCUCCUCAGCCCCAUCUGCACCCUCGUCCAGGUGACUCUCUGUGGCCUCUGGCUGGGGACCUCUCCUCCCUUCGUGGACACAGAUGCACACUCUGAAUACGGCCACGUCAUCAUUCUGUGCAACAAGGGCUCCCUCACCACCUUCUACUGUGUGCUGGGAUACCUGGGCAGCCUGGCCCUGGCCAGCUUCACGGUGGCUUUCCUGGCCAGGAACCUGCCUGACACCUUCAAUGAGGCCAAGUUCCUUAGCUUCAGCAUGCUGCUGUUCUGCAGUGUGUGGCUCAGCUUCCUGCCUGUCCACCACAGUGCCAAGGGGAAGGCCAUGGUGGCCGUCGAGGUCUUCUCCAUCCUGGUCUCCAGUUUGGGCCUCCUGAGCUGCGUCUUUGCCCCUAAGUGGUAUGUCAUCCUGUUAAGGCCAGAGAGAAAUUCUCUGCAUGGACACAGGGAUAGACCCCAUUCUGGGAGAAACAUAGGCUUAAAAACAUAG